AGAGGGGAUUUUCCAGUUUCCUUGUAUCGUCGAUGUCUAAGCUCCAAGUCGGUCUUUCUAAACGUUACGGCGGUUCUUGCGGCGGGACUGUUCCUGACCGGAUGAGUGCUUGUAUAGAGAACAUGGCGGCAGGUGAAAUAAUCACUGAGCAGCCUCCAGAAAGCAUAGUAGGAUUGAUCGAGAAAAUGGCAUAUGUGGUUGCACUAAGGGGGCCGGAGUUUGAGAAGGAGAUGAUAAUCGUUAAUAGGGGAGAUACAACUUUCAGCUUUAUGAGUAGCUCAGACCCUAAUCACGCUUUGUACCAGCAAAAGCUUACUGAAUAUCAAGGAGGUAAACCUCCGGAUUUCCAACCUAAUACUCCAGCUACUCGUGAGCCUAAGGGCAAAGCACAAUCCUAUGAUCUUGAGCCUCCUCCCUCAAAGGAGCCUCGAUAUACCGAGAUCUCACGCAGGGAGAAGGAGCUUUGUACUAUUAAGCUCAUUGCGCAGUUUGUGGCGCGGUAUGGGAAGCUUUUUCAUGAGGAUUUGAAGCGUGUAGGUGUUAUGAGCCCUAUGUUUGACUUUAUUAAGCCAACUAAUAGCAACUUCGGUCUUUAUAAUGCCCUCGUUACUUCGUAUUCACGAGUAUUAAAACCUUCCCUUGGUUCUCCCUUCUUUCUUGAUCGUAUUUUCGACCAUCUUCAAUUGGAGAAGCUGGAGGAGGGAAGUGAGACUGCUAUGAUUGAUUUGUUUGAUUUUGUGGGUGGUGUUGACUUUUUUGCUCACAUGGACGAUGCUCACUAUCCUGCUAUCCUACCACCACCUCAACCCUUUUCAAUGAUAACGCACUUGUCUGAUUUGCAAGCUGAUGAUUCAGCUAUUCAUGAGUGUGUAGGCCAUGCAGAAACCAGUCUUGGGCCUCCUACUAUAAGGAUCACACCCAAGGAGUUCGGUGUUAUUAAGCUCACAGCGUUGUUUGUGGCGCGGUAUCGGAUGCCUUUUCGUCGGGCUUUGAUGAUGAGAGUGGCUAUGAACCCUCUGUUUGAGUUUAUGUUCUUUCUCCCGUCUUCUCUGAAGAAAAGACUACUGUUUACGGACUACCCUUCUCUGACGAAGAGAGUACUGUUUACGGACCCUUCGUUUGGGUUUGUGGAGCCAACCGAGAUCAGGUUCAAUAUUUUCAAUUUGCUUGUUGAUGCGUAUUCCAGAGUAUUAUUCCCUUGCAAAAAGCUGAAGAAGAGUGAUGCUUGUACGAGGGCCGUUGUUGAUUUUUUUCUCAAACUCCUUCACUUGGAGAGGCUGGAGGAGGGAGUGGCGGCUGCUGUGAUCGAUUUGCAUGCUUUUGUGGGUGGUGUUGACCGUUUUGCUCACCUUGAUGAUGAAGAUUAUUCUGCUUCCAUGCCACCACCUGAACGCCUUUCAGUGAUGAUGAACCGGGUAACACUAUCUGAGCCUGAUAUGCUUUUGCAGCUUCCAUUGGGAUCUCAGCUUGCUAGUGUUCGUAAGCAAUACAAAUGUGUAGGCGAUAUCGAUUCUUUAAGGGCUCCUACUCUAAGAAGCGUAACAUUUAGAGUCCCUGGAAAGGGGAUCACACUCAAGGAGCUUGGUAUUAUUAAGCUCACAGCGCAGUUUGUGGUGCGGUAUGGGUAUGAUUUUUGGUGUGUUUUAACGGAUAGAGUGUCUACGAACUCAUUUUUUCAGUUCUUGAAUCCUUUCGAUAAGCAGUUCCGUUUUUACUGUGGGCUUUUACUUGCGUACACCGGAGUGCUAAAACCUUCUAAAAUGCUGAAGAAGCCUGAUGCUUGUACGGUGGCUUUACUUGAGGGGUUUUUCCACCGACUUCAACUGUGGAAGCUGGAGGAGGGAGUGGAAACGGCUAUGAUUGAUUUGCAUGCUUUUGUGUGUGGGGUUGACUGUUUUGCUCACAUGGAGGAUGGCGACUAUUUUGCUAUAAUGGAUCCACCUGAACGCCCUUCAAUAAUGAUAACC